AUGUUGUCACAAAUUGCUAGAUCAUCUGUUAGAGGCGUCAGAUUAUUUUCUACUUCCAGAGUUGCUUUAACUGAAGGAGCCAUUCCUCAAUCCAAAGAUGCUUUCUCCGAAAAAGAAAGAGCCCAAGAAAAUGUUUACAUUAAGAAACACGAAGCUGCUCAAUUGAAGAAAUUGAAAGAAAAAUUACAAAAACAACAAGAAACCAUUGAUAAAUUGGAAAAAGAAUUGGAUGAGCACAAGAACAGUAAAUAA